AUGCAAUCCUUGUGCUUUAACCCACUCACCGUGAGAUCUACCGCCGCGCGCGCGCAAACCCCGCGCACGCGAUCGACGAGAAGCAUCGUCUGCACGGCCACCACCGAAGGCCGAAAGGCGGCUCCGCUCAAGACGGGCGGCACUCUCGAAGGCGAGAAGGCUUUCGGCAAGGCUGCCGGCGCCGCGGCCUUGACUGGCCAAAUCUUCCAAGGCGAGACGACGAAGUGGAGCGAUCCGCGCUGGGUUAAUGGUAACUGGGAUCUCGAACAGUUCAAGAACUCGGCGGGCGAGGUUGACUGGGAUGCCGUGAUCGAUGCCGAAAUUGUCCACCGUAAGAUGUUGGAAGACUGCCCGGCUGUGUACGAUGAAGACGGUCUCUUCGACACAUCUAUCGUCCCGUGGCACGUGUGGAUGCGCCGAUUCCAUCUCCCGGAGGCGGAGAAGGCGAACGGCCGCGCUGCGAUGAUCGGCUAUGCCUUCGCGUACCUCAUCGACGCUGCUGGCGGCGCUGGCCUCGUUGACUUGCACAACUCUUUCUUGGGCAAGACCGCCAUUCUCGUCACCAUUCUCGGUGUCACCAUGAUUCGAUCCCUCAAGGAUCUCGAUAUGCUCAAGGAUCUCGCGGAAGAAGCCACCUUCUACGACAAGCAAUGGAACGCGUCCUGGGAAGGUGUUGAACGCCCGUCGGAGACGCAAAAGUGA